AUGUUUCCCGGGGAAGAUAUUGGUCGGUCUAUGGAACGCGCAAUGUUUGCUUUCGGGAACCAGAUUCUCGCCGGUAUUCGUGCAAUACAUGAGCAAGAGCAAGCCGAACAGCAGGCCCAAGAGCAGGUCCCGAGGCCCAUCCGCCGACGGAAAUCCGUCCGUCGAGAGCAUGUCCUAGCUCAUCAACGUUUGUUCGAGGACUACUUCGCCGAACAUCCCCGGUGGGACGCGCCGGUUUUUCGCCGACGGUUUAGGAUGCGGCGAGAGUUGUUUCUCCAGAUUGUUCACGCGUUGGAUGUGCGCGACGAGUACUUCCAGUGGCGGGAAGAUGCGGCCCAUAGAAAGGGUCCAUCCCCGCUGACGAAGUGCACUGUUGCGCUUCGUCAGUUGGCAUACGGCACUACGGCGGACAUGUUCGACGAGUAUCUUCACGUCGGGGAUACAACUGGCCGGGAGUGUCUGGUAAAUUUUUGUGCGGGCAUUAUUGACGCCUUCGGCGCCACAUAUUUGCGCAAGCCGAAUGCCCAAGACUGCCAGGACCUGCUGCGGAUGCACGAUACGGUGCACGACUUUCCUCAAUCGUUGACCACAGUCUUUGGAUUUGGCAUGCUCACUUUGGCGUGGCGGGGUCCAACAACGAACAUCAAUGUGCUGAACUCGUCCAGUCUCUUCACCGAGCAAUGCAAUGGCAACGGUCCGGUUAUCAGCUUCACUGCCAACGGACGACAACAUCAUAUGGGGUACUACUUAGCCGACGGUAUUUACCCGAGAUGGCCAGUUUUCUUGAAGACGAUCUCCUGCCCAAUGGGUGCGAGGAGAGAGUUUUUUGCGGCAAAGCAGGAGGCUGCAUGGAAGGACGUGGAGCGAGGAUUCGGUGUGCUUCAAGCACGUUGGGGAAUAGUGAAAGGCCCGGCUCGUUCCUGGUAUAUGCAUCAUAUCGCCAAUGUCAUGUACGCGUGCAUCAUCUUGCACAACAUGAUUAUUCACGAUGAAGGUCGUGCAGCUAGCCAGUGGUCCGACGAUGAAGCCGCUCCGAGCGCAGGUCAUGCAGCCCUGCCGGUCGUUCGAGGUUUACCCUAUGGACUCAGCGAGAGAUUACAAGCUCAAGAUAGCAUGCGCAACCAAUAA